AAUCAAAUACGAUCACACAUGACUAUAUUUAGGCUUAUACAUUGAGAGAAUUUGAUGAGUCAAAGUGCUUAGAUGAACAGUUCCAAAAGUCAAAACUGGACAAAGAGAGUGAGACCGAGAAAUAUUUUUUAUAGUCAUUCUUUGAAUCUUGAUUUCAUGACAUUGACCCGACCGACAAAUCACCUGGGAAGAUCAAACGCAGCGCGCCCAAAAUUUGAUCUCCAUUUGGAUCCAGUCACUUUGUUUGAGCUAAAUCCAUUUCAUACUCCUGAUCCGUGUAAAUCUGGAUGUAAAGAAUUGCGCGUAAGUUAAUCGGAUCAGGUGAAGGAACGGCGGAAAGGGGGCGGAGAUGAUGGAUGCGGUGUCGAUCAGGGUGCCGUAUAAGAACUUGAAGCAGGAGGUGGAGUUGGUUGGGGUGGAUGAGCUUCAUCUGCGGCGGUUGCAGGUAGAUUCGCCUCCGUCACCUCCCACGGAUUCCAAUGGAGACUCCUCCAGUUCGCACCCGCCGCUUGCUCCUCGCAGCAACCUUCUCACCUUGAUCCUCAGCUGUACGGUCGCCGCUGGUGUCCAAUUUGGCUGGGCGUUGCAACUGUCUCUCCUCACCCCUUACAUUCAGACGCUUGGCAUACAACACGCCUUCUCUUCUUUUAUCUGGCUAUGUGGCCCAAUUACAGGUCUUGUGGUGCAACCCUGUGUUGGAAUAUGGAGUGAUAAGUGCUCCUCCAAGUAUGGCAGAAGACGACCUUUUAUAUUUGUUGGAUCUCUCAUGAUAGCCUUUGCUGUAAUAGUAAUUGGGUUUUCUGCAGACAUAGGAUACAUUUUAGGCGAUACAAAGGAGCACUGCAGCACUUUCAAAGGUACUCGAACAAGGGCUGCUAUAGUGUUUAUUAUCGGAUUUUGGAUGUUGGAUCUUGCAAACAAUACUGUACAGGGCCCAGCUCGAGCUCUUUUGGCUGAUUUAUCAGGUCCCGAGCAAAGAAAUACUGCAAAUGCUAUAUUUUGUUCCUGGAUGGCUGUUGGGAAUAUUUUAGGAUUUUCAGCUGGAGCCAGUGGAAAUUGGCAUAGAUGGUUUCCUUUUCUGAUGAGCAGAGCUUGCUGUGAGCCAUGUGGGAACCUCAAGGCAGCUUUUUUAGUCGCCGUGGUGUUUUUGGCUCUGUGUACUCUAAUUACUCUCUACUUUGCCAAGGAAGUCCCACUGAUGGCCAGUCAACAUCACCGGUUGUCAGAUUCUUCCCCUCUCUUGGAUAGUCCCCCGGAUGUUGGAUUUGAUAUUUCACAACCAAAAAAUGACAUGCAGCCCAUCAACCUUGUAUCUGUCAACAAAUCUGAGAAUGGUUAUAUGGAUGAGAAUAAUAAUAAUAAUCUAAAACAUGAAGGCCGAACAGAGAAUGAUCCAGCUGAUAGCUUUAAUGAUAGUCCUGCUGCAGUUUUAGUUAAUCUAUUGACCAGCUUAAGACAUUUACCUCCUGCUAUGCAUUCGGUACUUGCUGUCAUGGCAUUGACAUGGUUGUCUUGGUUCCCCUUUUUCUUGUUUGACACUGAUUGGAUGGGAAGAGAAGUCUAUCAUGGGGAUCCAAAUGGAGAUGUUUCUGAAGUAAAAGCUUAUAAUCAAGGUGUCAGAGAAGGUGCAUUUGGUUUGCUAUUGAAUUCUGUUCUUCUUGGCAUAACAUCUUUCUUUAUUGAUCCAAUGUGUCAAUGGAUUGGUGCAAGACUUGUUUGGGCCAUUAGCAAUUUUAUGGUGUUCGUCUGCAUGGCAGGGACUACAAUUAUUAGCUUUGUUUCCUCUAGUGUAUCAUCAAACGGAGUUCAACACAUUGUUGGGGCAACUGAUGCUACUAGAAUAUCCUCACUGAUCGUUUUUGCUCUUCUUGGCAUUCCCCUUGCUGUUACAUACAGUGUUCCUUUCUCCAUCACAGCAGAGUUGACAGCUGAUGCUGGGGGUGGACAAGGCUUGGCCAUAGGAGUACUCAACCUUGCUAUUGUCAUACCACAGAUGAUUGUGUCGCUUGGUGCGGGUCCCUGGGACGCUUUAUUUGGGGGAGGAAACAUACCAGCGUUUGCCAUAGCGUCCAUAUUUGCCCUCGGUGCUGGUAUCAUCGCCACUCUCAAGCUUCCAAACCUCUCAAGCUCUUAUAGUUCAUCAACCGGCUUCCAUUUUGGAUAACUGUAAAUUCUUGACAGAGACACCGAGCCCCUUACAAGAGGUAAAACGGAAAAUCCUUAGAUAUACUGAAGGGUAAAUUUCCAGCUAUUACCCGUGCAACUGGCCGUCAAUUCCACAGCCAAUUUAUCUAAUAAUUUUUUUGUCUCCCGGGAUUGUGGGAAGGGUAUGAAAGUCAUGUAGUAGUGACAUGAUAGAUAGCUAGGGGGGCAGUUAACAAUUCUUUUACUUUUUUUUGUUUACAUGAUUUGGCAUUGUAUAGCUGUUGCUUUAGUCACUGGAAGAUGCAUUCUUUGUUAUUUAUACAGACAGAUAAUAGAUAUAGAUUAGGCAA